AUGGUUGAGCAAGGCGAUAGCUUGAGAACCACAGUUUUAGACACUCCUGAUGAUACACCUGAGUCGGCUUACAUGCCUCCUCCUCCUAGGCCACCACUAGUACCGUUUCCAUCUCGCCUGAGGAAGCACAACGAAGACAGCCAAUUCGCGAAGUUCGUCGAGAUGCUGAAGAAACUCGAGUAUCUCAAGGAUAUCCUGACCAAGAAGAGGGUCGCUGAGAAAGAAACUGUGGCGUUUACUGCCGAAUGCAGCGCUUUGAUCCAACACGAGCUCCUGCUUAAGCGGUCCAAUCCAGGUAGUUUCUCAAUCCCUUGUAAAUUGGGUAAUAUUUCCAUCGAUCGUGCACUUUGUGAUCUAGGAGCCGGCGUCAGUCUUAUUCCAUUAUCGAUAUUCAAGAAGCUGAAUGUGGGUGAGCUAAAACCCACUAGAAUGACUCUUCAACUUGCCGAUCGUUCUGUUAAAUACCCUGUUGGGAUACUUGAGGAUGUGCCAUUGAAAGUCGAGAACUUCUAUAUCCCGGUUGACUUUGUGGUUCUCGACAUGGACGAAGAUUCUAAGGUACCUAUCAUCCUUGGUCGUCCAUUCCUUAAUACUGCAGAUGCUGUUAUCCAUGUUAGAGCAGGUAGACUGACCAUGAAGAUUGGAGAUGAGACGGUGGAGUCACUUUGGACAAAAAUCUCAAACAACCGUCAUCAACAGAAUCUGCUUGCUUCAUAA